GUACCACAAGGAAGGGAUAAAAAGCCAGGAUUCGGGCGGUGUGUUAAUAGCUCCAGUUUUUGCUUUUUAAAAAGCGUUUUGGUUUUGUGAACUAGAGAUUCAAUGUCGGGACGAGGAAAACAAGGAGGUAAAGUGAGGGCAAAGGCUAAAUCUCGUUCUUCGCGAGCAGGGUUACAGUUUCCUGUAGGUCGCGUGCAUCGUCUUCUCCGCAAAGGUAAUUAUGCUGAGCGGGUGGGGGCUGGUGCCCCAGUCUAUAUGGCCGCGGUGCUGGAGUAUCUGACCGCUGAAAUACUGGAGCUGGCUGGCAACGCUGCGCGAGACAACAAGAAAACCAGGAUUAUCCCCCGUCAUCUGCAGCUCGCCAUCCGUAACGACGAGGAGCUGAACAAACUGCUGGGGAAAGUCACUAUUGCUCAAGGUGGUGUCCUACCCAACAUCCAGGCUGUACUACUGCCUAAAAAAACUGAGAGUCAUAAAGCGAAGAGCAAGUAAAAAUAACGGUCUAUUAAAUCAACCCAAAGGCUCUUUUCAGAGCCACCCACAAUAACAAAAAAGAGCUGAGUUUCUAAUACACGAACAAUUUUCUGCUUUAGAAAAAAGAUCUUCUGCGUGUCGCUUAAAUCUUGGUUUGCUUUUUAUUAAG